AUCCAAUCCUCCGCUUCAUCCUGUCGACUGUUGUUUACUCCUCGGGUCCCGGCGCCGAAGCUUUCAGCAUGCCUCCAAAACAGGCCUCGACCCCUGCCGGCAUUAUAUGGACACCUCCCCAACUUCAGCAGGCUCAUGUAAAUGCCGUGGUACAAAAGAUCUACUUCGUGUGCUAUCCCCCACAUGAUAUCGAUGACCCGCCCACUAAGUACACCAAUCAUUGGGCCUUUUUCCUCCAGAUCAGUCCUUCGCAAUCACUCCACGUCAACCCGGGCCCCGCUCCAAUGACGAACAAACUUCGACUCGAAGUCACACUAAAGCAAUAUACUGUAACGGACCACGGCUUGUUCUAUGUUACUCUGAACCCUAUUCAAGGUCUGACGGUUAAGGAUAUCCUAAAUCUUAUCAGGACCAACGGCCUUGACAAAUAUACCUUCGAUGCCGACGGCAACGGAUGCCGGUAUUGGACCUUGCAAUUCGCGACGCGUCUCGAACAAGCCGGAAAAGCGGCGAAUUCAACAGAGGCUGUCCGUGUGGCAGAGCGGCUUGCUAAGACCUGGACUGCGGGUGCCAACGGACAGGCUGUGGAACUAAAGCCCCCGCGUGGCACUCCGGCCAGUCCUGGAAGGUUUGGUUGA